AUGAAUUUCCUCUCUGUUAAUAUUCGUGGACUGGGUAGCGAUGAUAAAGGUACAUGGAUUCGUAAACUUAGAACUGCUAAUGAGAUUGGUUUUAUAAUGCUUCAGGAGACACAGUUUGCGUCUCUUGAAGGUUUUGAUUUAGGUAAAUUCUGGGGGCAAGGGGUUUUUGAUUGUGAUUGGGUUGACGCGACAGGCAGGUCGGGUGGGCUGGUUUCUUUAUGGGAUCCGAAAAGAUUUUCGGUAUCUCAAGUCAUUAAGAACCGGCAUUUUUUAUGUAUUCGUGGUGUUUCUAAUGAUGACGGGAAGGUUUUCUCAGUGGUUAAUGUUUAUGCCCCCCAAAGACUUAGAGAUAAAAGGGUUGUGUGGGCUGAUAUUGAGGGUAUCAUCGCUCAAGACUCUGCUUUUUGGGUGAUUGGUGGUGACUUUAAUUGUGUUCGUGAUCGGACCGAAAGAAGGAACUCUAAAUUUAAUGCUUUGGUUUCUAACGAAUUUAAUGAGUUCAUUGAUAAGGUGCAGAUGCAUGAGUUUUCUUUAAAAGGAAGGAAGUUCACCUAUGUGUCUGGGAAUAAGUGUAGUCGCAUUGACCGCAUGUUCGUGUCAUGGAAUUUUGUGAAUGAAUGGCCUAAUGCGGAGUACCGGGCUCUUGCGAGGGAGGAAUCGGAUCAUUGUCCGUUAGUGUUAAAAAUUGAAGCUCGGAAUUUUGGUCCUAAAUCGUUUAGAUUCUUUAACUCUUGGCUUCAAAGGGAAGGUCUAAGCGAUUUGGUUGAGAAGGCGUGUUCGGAGGAGGUGGGUAAUGCUACAGCUCAGAUUGCUUUGAUGCAGAAAUUCCGUAAAUUGAAGGCUAGUAUUAUUGAUUGGAAAAAGGGUUGGACGAGUGUUGAGGAGGAAGAGGAAGUGAACUUGAAGGCAGAGAUUCGUGAUUUAGACGAGAUAGUUGAUGAUAGGGAUUUGACGGAAGCGCAAUUGUGGGUCUUUGAUGAAGCUAAGAAUCGUGUUAGGGAGUUGGGAAAUUUUAAAAAGAAAGAUAUGCAACAAAAAUCUCGUAUCCGAUGGGCGCGGGAGGGGGGGUGA